AUGGGUUCUUUUAAACCGUUGUCAUCUUUUUUGCACCUCCGUCCUAUGCCUUUGGACGCCAUUUACUCCCUCAAGGAAACUUUCAAGGCCGAUAGCAAUGAGAACAAGAUAAUUCUAGGUUCCGGGGUAUACCGAGACGAUCAAUCCCUACCGUGGGUAUUGCCUUCGGUGGAAAAGGCCGACGAGAUAGUGGCGAAAACUCAAGACUGUGGUCGAUAUGAAUAUCUACCUAUCCCAGGUUACGCACCAUUCUACACAGCUGCACGAGACCUCCUUUUCGGGGACCUGGGAGAUAAUGCGAGUCGGAUUGUUUCCCUCCACACGGUUGCGGGAACAGGCGCCAAUAGACUGGGAGCCCAGUUUUUGAAAGAGACGACUCAUCCAUCGGCUGUAUGGUUGCCUGAUCCGACCUGGGUAAAUCACCACAAUAUUUGGAGUCAAGUGGGUGUCAACGUGAAAACAUACCCUUAUUGGAACUCUUCUACGAGGGCUCUGGACUUUGAGAAAAUGCUGCGAGUCUUGAGCGAUGAAGCUACUGAGGGCGAUGUUUUGAUCUUACAUGCAUGCGCUCACAACCCAACCGGUGUUGAUCCCACAAAGGAGCAGUGGAUGACAAUUGCAGCCAUGUGUGAGACAAAAGGUCUCUUUCCCUUCUUCGACUGCGCGUAUCUGGGAUUCGCUAGUGGCGACCUCGACGAAGAUGCAUGGGCAGUAAGACACUUUAUGUCCCGAGGGACAUUAGAGCUUGCUGUUGCCCAGUCUUUCUCUAAGAAUAUGGGUCUCUAUGGCGAGCGCGUUGGCGCUCUUCACCUAGUAACUGCCACGGCCGAGAUAGCUUCGAAUGCAAAAGGCCAUCUCAGCCGCUUACAGCGAGGCUAUGUCUCGCAGCCACCCACAAGGGGUGCGAGAAUAGCCGCAACUAUUCUCAGGACCCCUGACUUAUACCAGGAAUGGUUGUUUGAUAUCCAGCAGAUGAGUUCCCGAAUUCGAAAUAUGCGUCGAGCGCUACGCGACAGACUGAUUUCUCUGGGGACUCCUGGAAGUUGGGAACACAUAUUCUCACAAAUUGGCAUGUUUUCAUAUGUUGGUCUUACUGCUGAGCAAGUGGCAAUCAUCGAAGAAUACAGCCAUAUCUAUAUGCUGAAAUCUGGACGUAUCAACAUUGCUGGACUGACUACAAAGAAUGUAGAGAAUGUCGCCCGCGCUAUAGAUCAUGCAGUAAGGCUAUUACCAUAA